UCUCACUCUCUUCCUCUUUGUCUAGUGAAUGCUAGAAUGAAACAUACUUCCAUUCUUUCUUUCUAGGCUCAUCUUCCAUCUUUCAAUCAUUAAUUUCUCUCUUAUUUCAAUUUUUAAUGCAGAGAUCUCUGAUUACUCUCUUGUACAGUUCUCAAAUUUCCUUCUUCUUUACUUGCAAAAACCAUAUGUGCAAUGUAUUUUCCUUCACACACUCUAAUGUUCCCAAAAAAACCAUUGGACCCAUAAACCAUGAUGGAGUUCUAGGGCGGCGGUGGGGGAAUGGUGAUUCUGCAAGUAGUGGCAAGAUGAGUUCCGAUUACCAAAAAAAUUCCUCGUUUCGGUAGUCCCAAAAUAGGGGUAGCGGCAAAAUGAGUGAUUGUCCGGCAAGAUGAAUUCCAAUUAUCGUGAAAAUUUUUCAUGGCACCCAAAUAAAUUUAUACUGAGCAUCCGUCGGUGUUUGGAAGUAAGAUUUUUAGUCAAAAGGACAAAUAUGAGAAAGACCCAUUUCACCCACCAUGGCCACUGUACUUACUCAGCAUAAUUCGUUGCAAUUCAAAAAGGAAGUCGCAGGAAGGAGGUGGAAACAGCCAGUGGUUUCGCUGAAGAAUACUAGCAUCGAAGCAGCUCCCAGAGUUCAGCUGAAAAAGUACUAGCAUCGAAGCAGCUUGCAGCUCUGAAAGUUCAGCUAAGUUUCACCUUUCCAUGGGCAUGUGAAGUUGUGAACUGUAUGAUUCCGUGCGAGUUGGUGUUUGAGGCAUCUUAUUUCAUUUACCAAUGGACUUCAGCAUCUCCUUGUUUCUUGUUUUAGUUUCUCUACCCACUAUUUUGGCUCAGAGAGCUACACACGCUAGUAUCAUAGUAGAUGGAGCUGCAGUAGUUGCUGAAACUGAUGAUAACUAUAUUUGUGCCACCAUUGAUUGGUGGCCUCAUGAUAAGUGUAAUUACAAUCGUUGUCCAUGGGGGUAUUCUUCUGCAGUAAAUUUGAACUUGUCUCAUCCUCUCCUGGUCAAGGCAAUACAAGCUUUUGAGCAUUUGAGGAUAAGAAUUGGUGGUUCUCUACAAGAUCAAGUGUUGUAUGACGUAGGAAGUUUGAAGACACCUUGCCAUCCAUUUCAGAAGGUGAAUUGGGGGCUGUUUGGUUUUUCCAAGGGGUGUUUGCACAUGAGCAGAUGGGAUGAUCUAAACCAAUUAUUCAAGACCACAGGGUAAGACAUUUGAUUCUUGUCUUUCUU